AUUUCGAUCACGUUUAUUGUCAAUGCUAGCGUUUUACGUCCGGUCCACACGUCAAAGUUACUCGGCAAUUGUUUCUAUCUUGCCCGAUAUUGCUACUCAACAAAGAUGGCUUUUACCUUACAGAGAGUUUUAAUAAGUGACAGUGUGUCACCAAAAUGUACGGAAAUCCUGAGGGAAAACGGAAUCCAGGUUGACAACAAGACGAAAUUGAGCAAAGAGGAGUUAUUGGCGGAAAUCCCGAAUUAUGACGGCCUCAUUGUUCGAUCAGCGACCAAGGUUACGGCUGAUGUUAUCCAAGCUGGCACCAACUUAAAGAUCAUUGGGAGGGCUGGUACAGGUGUUGAUAACAUUGAUAUCAAGGCUGCAACACGUCAUGGUGUUGUCGUUAUGAAUACACCCGGUGGGAACACCCUCAGUGCUGCUGAACACACUUGUGCCAUGGUAUGCUGCUUAGCAAGGAGUUUACCUCAAGCCCAUGCGACGCUCAAAGCCGGCAAGUGGGACAGGAAGGCGUUCAUGGGAUCAGAGCUGUAUGGCAAGACCCUCGGCAUUGUGGGAUUGGGGAGGAUCGGACGAGAAGUAGCUCAGCGUAUGCAGUCCUUCGGGAUGACGACAAUUGGUUUUGACCCCAUUGUUCCAGCUGAGGAGGCUGCCCAGUAUAAGAUUGAAUGGAUGUCAUUAGAAGACAUGUGGCCCAGGUGUGAUUACAUAACAGUGCACACACCUCUCAUACCACAGACCAAAGGCCUCCUUGGUGAUGCAUCGUUCAAGCUUUGUAAGAAGGGUGUGAAGGUCGUCAACGUUGCUCGUGGUGGUAUCAUCGACGAGGAAGGCCUAUUAAGAGCGCUUGAUGCAGGCCAGUGUGGUGGCGCUGCACUUGAUGUCUUUGUCGAGCUCUCGCCUCUGCGCGAGUCUCAAUCAAGUGCUGAUGGUACGGACGCAUGGGCGGGUACGGAGUCUGUACACCGUGAAUGCACGGGUUUCUUUCCCGGUUUCUAUUGCAUUUCGUAG